AUGAACACUGACAUGUAUAAUUUCACUUUCAUCUCAUUCCAACACAACGCUCACGACCUGAUCAAUCUAAUUGGCACUUUUCUCUUUUCAGAGAUCACCUCCACAAAAUUGUUAGGCGUCGUAGUACUGAUAGAUCCUGUUAGUCCAGAAUGGACACGUUUGUAUGCAAGUGAAAUUAUAUCAAAUGAGAAGGUAGAAGGUUCGUGGAGAUCCAAGAUGGCGACUGCAGCUCCAGCGGCGUCGUGCAUGAGCACGAAACACGGUUGCGUCAUGUUCGACUGUCUUGUGCAUCUUUGGGAAUGGUAA